AUGGAUCCGGUCAUGGACGACGCCGACUCCUCGACUCCGCUGCCGGCGCCGUCGCCUGUUCCAGCGCCAGCACCCGACGGCGUCAUCCGUCUCGCCCUUCCGCCCCUCCCGCCGCGGGCCGCAUGUACUCUCCAUGCACGCCUUGGCUCGGUCUUUGGCCCGCGGCUGCCGGGCACUCCGCUCGCCUUUACCGUCGCCGCCGAGCCCAAUGCCAGCUCGUCUCCGCCAUCGUCGCCGUUGCCGUCGUCGCCGCCCGCGAUCCCGGCCUGGGAUGCAUCCCCGGACACUCUGCACGCCCGUCACAAGGCCCGUCGCGCCCGCAUGCGCGCCGCCGUCGCCGCGGAUGCCUCCGUAUCCGCGCGCGCCGCCCGCCUCGCCUGCUCCCGCACAAACUACGACAGCAAGGCUGCAGCGCUUGAGUGGCUUGCCGCCCGUGCCGCAGCCCCGCCCUCGCUUCCACCGCUCCCAGCUGCCGUCUCGGUCACCAUCGUCGCCGACGGCCACUCGGCCGCCCUCCCGCUCGCCGUCAUCCACGACAUCGACCCGGCAGCGUCUCUUGCAGACAUCCGCGCCGCCGCCCUCACCGCAAACCCGCUUCUUGCCUCGGCGGUCUUUGUCAACCGCUCCGUCGCCCGCUCUGCUGCUAUUGUUCCGCUCGCCUCCGAGCCUGGAACCCCCGCCGCCUCGCUCUUCCCGGUCUGGCGCUGCUACCGCUACCAUGCCGCAGCCGCGACUGCUUCGCCAUCGCGCCGCUCACCAGCUGAGCGCUGUUGGGGUCCUGCACAUCUACUGCAUCACUCAACUUGCCCGCGCGCAGCCCCGCUUCCACCUUCCGACGACAUGGUCUGGGAUCCGGACGCCUCGCCCUGUCGCGUUGCUGCCGUGGUUGUCACCUUUCCUCAAGACACCCCGCCUCAUGCCGGCCACCUCCUUGCUGAUGCCGUCCGCCUCGUUGACGUCGACGCUGCCGCCGCGCUCAUCGCUCGGCUCUCGCCCGCUGAGCUUGCUGCCGCUCUCUCCUGGCGCGACAUUGCCGGCCUCACCCCGCUCCACGUCGCCCUCACCCCACGUUCUAUGACCGAGGCCGCCCGCGCAAUGGCCCACGCGUCACCGGCCCGUCCCGCGCCUCGCGCACACCUCUCGUUUUCGUCGUCAUCGUCGUCCGGUGAUGACGAGCUCCUCGAGCUCCUCGACGCCGACAGCCCGUCGCCAAGCGACACAGCAUCACUGCCCGGCGCCUCGGCCUCGGGUCCGAGCCCCCUCGUCGACGUCGUCGCCCUCGUCGAGCGCAUGGCCGCCCUCGUCACGGUCCUUCUCGAUGCCCUCGCAUCGCUCCCGCCCCUCCUCGCUACUGCCGUUCUCGCCACCAAGGAUGCAUCGGGCCGGACUCCGCUGCACAUGGCUGCCGUCGCAGGCCAUCCUGCUGUUCUUGCUGCCUUUGGCAUUGCUGUGAACUCGCCCUCGCCACUCGCACCUCUCCUACCCGUCGCGCUUGCCGCCACAGAUGCUACCGGAGCCAACCCACUCCAUGCCGCCCUCUACGCCGGUUACUCUGACCUCUAUCCGAGCCUCCUCGCUGCAGCCGGACCUCAAACAGCCAGAUCGAUUGCUCUUGCCGAAGACAUCCACGGCCACUCUCCACGCUCGCUCUUUGCAGCUGCCGUUGGCGACCUGGUCGCCGCCGCAGGCACCGGCGACGACGCCCUCCUCGCCCAGCUCCUUGCCACAGAACAGCUGGUCGGCGAAGUUGACACCUCCAUCGCAGCCCGCGACGCGCUCGAGCGCACUGCCCUUCACGCUGCUGCUCUCUCCGGCUCUACUGCCUGUGUCAAGGCUCUCCUAGCAGCUGGCGCAGCACCAGACACCUGCGACUGGCGCCACGACACCCCGCUUCAUCUUGCCGCAGGCCAAGGCCACGAAGACGUCAUCGCUCUCCUCCUGAAUGCCCCAGCCGGAGCAGACAUCGCUUCUCUGCCCAACGCCGCCGGCCGCACCCCGCUCCACGAGGCCGUCUAUGCGAAUCACGUUCACGUCAUUGACCUUCUUGCCUCUGCCUCUCCCGCGGCUCUCGCCGUCUUCGACAACAUCGAGCACGCUCCGCUCCACGCCGCCUGUGCCGCCGGCUCCCUCGACCUUGUCUCUGCACUCGUCGAGUCUGGCCAUGCAGACAUCAACGCCCGCGCGCCGCUGUCCUCAUCACCGCCCUUGUCACCGCACCGCCCAAAGAUGCCUGCCCGCCUCCGCAAGCACCUCGCGAGCUAUGCACCACCGUUGCCGUCACGCUGCCCGGCUCCGUCUUCUGGCCCAUCGCCGCUUGCUGUCGCUGUCGCCGCGGGCCACGGCGUCGUUGUCAAAUACCUCCUCGAGCACCGCGCUCACAUCCGUGUCCGCGACGCCCACGGCUGCUCGCUCUUUCAGCUCGCCUGCCGCAGAGGCCACCUCCGCAUUGCUUCGCUUCUUGCCUUCCACACUGCAGACCCUCACGUUUUGGUGGCCACCUCGACCUCCUCGGCCCGCCUUUCGGCCUCGUCGCGGUCCCUUGGCCUUCACUCGGCCUCUCCGUUCCGCUCCGACUCGCUCCAUGCCUCUUGGUCGCCCGGCUCUGACCAGUCCUCGCUCCGCGCUCAGCUCCGCGACGUCAACGCCGCGCGCGCCGCAAACUCCGCAAACUCGGCUACCCCGCUGCAAGUCUCUGCACAGGUCCACGCCCUCGAUCGUUCCACCCCAAGCAAGGUCUGUCCCACCUCGCGUGCCGCCCUCGCCAUCCUUCUUCCCGCGCGCGACAUCCCCAUUUGGGCUAGCUUUCUUCACGCCGAGCUCGCUGCUGGCAACCUCCCACUCUUUUCGCUUCUCUUCUCUGUCGGCUACACCCUUGCCCAAUCCGAUCUUGCUGUUGCCGCCGCAGCCGGUCACCGCUCACUCGUUGCCCUCUGCAUUCGUGCUGCGCACAACUCGCUCACCCCCGCCGCACUCGAUGACGCCCUCAUCGCAGCCGCAGCUGCCGGACAUGUUGACGUCCUCGACGAGCUCAUUGACGCCCCGCUCUUUGCUGCCGUCGCCGACUCGACGCCGGCCCUCCGCGCAGCGCUACGCGCAUCCCGUCCUGACGCCGCUUCCCGCCUCUUGACUGCAGGCGUCCCCGCUGUCUACGACAAAGACGUUGCUGACCAUCCGCUUGUCCUUGCUAUCACACAUGGCGAACUCGCGCUCGCCAGCCUCGUUCUCAACCAUCCCAGCCUCGUUCUUGACGCGCCCGCUGCGGCAACCGCAAUCGUCUAUGCCUGCGCCCGGGCCAUGGACGAUCUCGUUGUCGCCCUCGCCAACGGUGGCGUCUCGCUUCAGGCCCGCCUCCCUCUCCCGACAUCCGUCUCUCUCCUUGCCUCGGCCUCUCAGUUUGUUGGCGAUGAGGCUCCCGUCGGUAUUGUUCCCAUCCUCGUCGCCCGCAGACGGUAUGAUGUCUUUACCGCCCUCGCCUCGGCCUUUCCGUCCCAGCUCACUCCAGACUUUGUUGUCUCCAGCCUCGAUAUCUCCGCUCUUAUCCACCACGAGGCACUUCCGUUUCUCGCAUGGCUCCUUGCUCGCUCCAACCCCAGCACGCUUGCCCUCCCCAACGAUCCGUCGUUUGCCGUCUACGCCACUCCCAACGCCACUCUUCCUGCCGAGCCCCAUGUUGAUCGCCAUUCGGCUGAGUCGCUCGUUGCUCCCGUCGCCGCAGCUUGCAUCGCUCCUGGCACCAUCACUCCUGUUGUGCCCGUCGCCCUUGCAGUUCUCGACCUCGGCUCCACCCCCUGUCUCGGCUACACCGCCUCCCGCAAGGAAGCACGCAACGCCAUCCGUGCUCUUCUCCGCCUAUCCACCGACAUCGCUCUCGCCGUCCUCGGCACUGCCACUUGGCUCCACGCCGCGCUCCUCGUCGGCGACGUCGACUCGGCAAGCCUCCUCAUCGACCUCGGCCUCGCACCCUUGGACUCGAGCGUCUUGCUCAUCAUCGCUGCAACAGCCGCUCCAGACCGAGCCUGCCUUGACCUGCUCGACCGCCGCGGCCUCCAUCGACUCGAGCUCUCACCCGACCCGGACGAGCUCAAUACCUUUGUCCAUGCCACCGAACACGCUAUUGUUCUCGCUGCUCAUCACGGCAACACUGACGGCCUCCGUCGCGCCCUCGAUAUCUACUCGAGCCUCUGGUCCUUUGAGCACAUUGGCGCCACCAGGUUCUCCGCCGGCGCCCUCCGAGCUGCCUUUUCCUCCGUCUUUGCUGCCGCGCCAUCACUCAGCAGCGACCGCCAGCGCCGGGCUGGCGACGACGACGCCGUCCUUGCCUGCUGCGACAUCAUCAUCUCCUAUGCUGUGCAGGAGCUCCACGCCGACUUUGCGCCCGCAGCCUCAGUCACUGCCUUUUCUUUGCCGCACCUGUGGUCCUUCUCUCCACUCGCCGUCCUCCUCUGCUCCGCCCAGCCGCAGCCGCUCGCCUUUGCCCGCAUUCGGUCGCCGCGGGCCGAAGACCUGGCCUGCCGCCUCUGGGCUCACACUCAGCCGCAGGACUUCUCGCAGGCUGCCUAUCUUGCGCUGAGCGACGUCAUCGCCCUUGCCGCCAGCGCAGGCUGGCACGUUCUCCUCAAGCUCGUCAUUGUCGACACCCAGUGGUCGUCGCAAAUCCUCACCCUCGGCGCGAGCAGCCCGAUCCUGCCGCGCCCUCAGCGCCGAGCCUUGGACCUCGCACUCGGCCGCGAAGCCCUGGCUGUUGUCGCGGACUUGGCACCGUGGAUAGAAGUCAACUUCGUGGACAACGUCGAGACACUCACCGAGGCCGCCAUCGUCAUCCGCCCCGUUCCUGGCUUUAAGCCGCCCAUGAUCCACGACCGUAUCUAUGUCGUCGAGCAGCUUUCAAGAGUUUUGCCGGCCUCUAUCGUUCUUGACGACGACGACGACGACGACGACGACGAUGAUGACAACGAAGAAAUUGAGGUCGCCAGGCUUGCCCUUGGAAAUACCAUGCACACACUCGGCGUUUGGGGUCUCGCAAAGGCUCAUCGCAAGUGCUCGGCCCUUCUUGAGCACAUGCUCGCCAACGGCCAAGUCCGCGGUUCGGCGUGCUCGAUUGCGCUGCAUCCGCUUGUUGUUGGCGGCCGCCUCCCGCUCGUUGUCCAGAUGCUCGCCGCCGGCGUUCCGGGCGGGCCCAAUCUUCGCGACGCUCUCAACUCGUUUACUCGUGACGAACCCGGCAUGGUGGGCAUGCGCCAAAAGCUGGUCCGGCUGCUCUCGCUCAUCGGCGGCUGGUCGGGCACUGUCUCGCAAGCCGCACUUCCGCUCAUUGCUCGUCGAGCGCCCCUUGCCCCCAUCGCCGCCCUCGGCAUUGCCACCCUCGCUGACCUCGAGCCUGCUGCAGGAUCGCAAGUCGUUGCUGGCUGGUCCAUGCUCCACCAACUCGCAAUCGAAGGCAACGACCGCAUGCUACAGAUGGUUGUUGACGCUCUUGGCCGCGAGCGCGCCCAAACCGAGGCCUGUGCCACUGCCUCCAACGGGCUAACCCCGCUUGCCGCCGCCAUGCUUGGCGGUCAUCCGGCCUCUGCCCUUGUCCUGGAGCCGCACUGCUCUGACCUGCAUCUCCUGGGCGAGGCGGCCGCCACUGGCCUUGCGACCUCCAUCGCGCCUGACAUGAUCGCCGUUGUUUCCCGGAUGCUUGCCCGCACUGGACCAGCCGGCCUCGCAUGCGCGGCUUCCCCGCUCGCAGGCGUCUUGCUCUUUGGCGAAGACGAUGCGACCGCAGACCUCGCCGAGCACGUGAUUAAGCCGACUUUGGUCCACAUUGCUGCAGCCCUCGCUCAGACUGGCAUCCUCGCACCUGCACUGGCAGUCUCAGCACCCGAACUUUGGCUUCCGGCCUCCACCUCGGAUGGUCGCACCGUGUAUCCCAUCGAAUGGUCCCUGGUCUAUGGGCAGUCGCUCCCGGCUGCAUCGGCAGCCGGCAAUGCCGCCGGCCGAACCGCCGAGGCCAUGGCCGUUGCUCUCCUUGAUGCCGACGUUGCCCACACACUCUCUGCGGCUCACUCGGAGCCAUCACGCGUUGUUCCGCUCGUGGCACGCGCCGCAGCGCGCGGGUACUGGACCCUGCUCGAGCGUCUGGUCGGCGCAGGCGCCCUUCUCGAUGACUCAGCAGUCGUCCCAAGCAACGAGCAGUGGAGCUACGCCGACCGGGCGCAGAGCCUCUGGCACAUCCUCCACUUUGCUGCUGCCGCUGGCCACGAUGACGCGGUGCGAUUUCUUCUUGACGCCGGCGCCUCCCCGUUUGUCACCGAUGCCUCCGACCACAUGCCGCUGUACUACGCCUCGGUCCGCGGCAAGCACGGCGCAGUCCGACUGCUGCUGCAGGCUGUCCUGGGUCAGCUCUCGCCUUCCGGCGACGCCGAGCCGUCGAGCCAGAGCCUCGACAUGGCGUACGAUGCCCUGAUCGAGGUGUGUGAAGGCGGUGGUUACUACGCGGUUGUCGAAGUCGCUGCCGGCGUCUGGCCCGGCGCCUACGACGCGCUCCGCCAAGUCCCCCGUUGGUGGCAGCCGGUCAUCGAAGGUGCCGUUCGUGCGGGCUCGGUUCGCGCUCUCACCGUUCUCCUUGAUGCCCUCGACGACGCCGACGUAGCCUGGGCGAGCUACACCUCGCCAGGCUCGGGCUCGCCACUUUUGUACCAAGCUGCCAGCCGCGGGCGGCUCGGCGCGUGCAUGGUCCUCAUCAAGCGCGGCGCUGACCUUGCCCUCGGUUUCACCACAGCCCAUGGUGAGACUGUCCUCCACUGGAUGUACGCUCACGGCAUGGUUCUGGCGCUGGCAGCCAUCGAGCACGCUGUGUCCGGCGAUCCUGACCUGCGUGCUGCGCUCGACAAAGCCCGGUCAGGUCCCGCUGCCGAGAGUCUGCGGGUUUACGCAGCAGGAAUGGGUCAUGCAAGCCUUGUCGGCGGCAUCCGGGACGACGCUGAGCUACAGGGCUGGUUCUCGCGGCAAAUGGCCGCCAACGCGGUCACGAUUGCCACUGGCCACGCGGAGGACAGUAGUGCAAAAGCCUCUGCAGUUGCUCCUGCUGCCUCCAUGGGCUCGCUCGUCGCCGCAGCACGAAGUGGCGCCUUGGCUGUUGUCGAGGCCCGGCUGGCCGCCGGCGAUCUCGCAAACGGCACUAGUCGCAGUGAGAGCCCGCUCAUUGCUGCAUCUCGGAUGGGUCAUACCAAAGUUGUCGCUGCCCUCCUCCGCGCCGGCGCCGCAGUCGACCGGAGCUGCAUGUGCCUUCCGAGCACCGCGCUCCUUGCAGCGCUCGACGGGCGCCACGAGGACACAGCCGCAGUCCUGCUAGAGGCCGGCGCGUCGCCGCGGCGCGCCGAUGCAGAGACCGGAAAUACCCCGCUGCAUGUGGCGGCAACUCACGGUCUCUAUGACAGCGUGAUGCGGCUGUUCAUGCUCGGCGCCCCGCUUGACGCCCGCAACAAGCUCGGCAAGUCGCCGAUGUAUUAUGCGGUCGCCAUGGGCCACGCGCCAGUCGUCCAGCUCCUACGUGAAGAGGGUGUCGAGCUCGGUGACGACGAGGACGCAGUUGUCCAGCCGAGAAUGGCCGGUCUGGCGUCACAUGCGGCUGCCCUCGACGUCGAUGGCUCUGCUGCCGCCUCACGCCUCACGGCAGCCGACGUCCGCCACGUCGUCGACCUCGAGCGCCGUGCCGCCUCGCCUGCUCACGCUCCGAGUGCGACAACUCACUCCACGCGCUUGGCUGCCAUUUCAGAUAUUGACGCCGCCCUCGACCAGAUCGAAGCAACCGGCGUCGGCGGCGUGGCAGUCGCCGUCGACCGAGCCUCUUUCUACGCCGCCCUUCCUUCGCUCAGCGAGCGACAGCGCGCAGUCACGCUUCUCCCGACCUCGCUCGUCCUCGGGCGCAUUGGCCAGGCCUGGGAACGGCUUGGCCCGGACGCGCCCGCUCUGCGUGUCGAGCUCUCAUUUGCGGCGCGGAUCGGCGAGAUUGGCGCCACUGCUGCCCUCGACAGUGAUGGCGGGCUGAUCGUCGUGGCUGACCGGGUCUGCAUCCGGCCAGACUCGGUCGAGGCUGCAUCUGACAAUGCAAUUGCUGCGGCCAUCCGCCGCGUCAUUGCGCACCCUGCCGACUCGGCGGACAGCAAAUGAACCGUCCCACGUUGUGCCGUGGCAGAGUUGUGGUGCGGUUCUUGCGCCUGCGUUGAUCGCCCGUUCUCCACUUUGGCUGUCGUCGCAUGAGUGACCACCCAACCCCAC